AUGAUUAGAAAUAACUAUUAUUCACUUUUAAGAGAUAAAGUAAUUAAUGGUGAUCCAAAUUUAUCAUUUGUUUUAAAAACAUGUUCAAUACCAAAUAAUAAUAAAGAUUUAUUCUUCUCAAAGAAAUUAAAUUAUUUAGAUAUUGAUAAUGAUGGUAUUGAUUUUUUAAAUAAAAAUACUUCAUCUUAUAAUGAUAUUUUAACAACAAAAAAUAGUAGCAAGCAUUUAAAAAUGUUAAAUUUAGAAAGAGCAUUUAAAUACUCACUUUUUAAUAAUGAUAAUAAUAAUAAUAAUAAAGAAUUUAUAAAUGAUAAACAAUUUUAUAGAUCAUUAUUUAGAAAUUAUUAUAAUUAUUUUUUAUCAUCUGAACAACUACAACCUCAACAAACUUCACCUAUACCAACACCAAUACCAAUACCAAUACCAACUAAUGGUAUUAUAUAUAAAUUAAUAGUUUAUUAUGAUAAUGAUAUUGCAUUAGAUAUAAUAAUAAAUGAAUAUAAAUUGUUAAAAUUAUCAACAGUUAAUGAUUACCAAUCAUUAAUAAUAUUAGCAAUUAAUAAUCAUUCAUUUAAAGUUACAAAUUAUCUUUAUAAAUCAAUCAUUGAAAAUCAAAUAAAAAUAAAUUUUAAUCAUUCAAUAAUUUGGAAAUCAAUUUUUCCAAUUUAUAAGAAUAAUGGAAUACUAAAUCUAUUUUUUAAGAAUAAUAAUAAUGAUAAUUUAAUAAUUCAUAAAUCAACUAAAGUUGAUCCAAUAAUUAAAUAUUUUAUAUUAAAUAAUAAUAACAAUAAUUUAGAAUUUAAAUUAGCAAUUAAAUCAGUACCAAAAGAACUUGAAUUAUUAAAUUAUAGAAUCGAUUAUUUAGUAUAUCAAGUAACAGUAGAGACAUUAUUAAAUUCAUGUUAUAGUAUUUCAAUUCUAAAUAUAUCAUCAGAGAUUUGGAAAUUAAAUAAAUUAAAUUUAUGUAGAAUUAGUUUUGGUUCAAGUGAUUCAAUUAUAGAUAAACUAUUACAAGAAGAUUAUCAAAUAUUAUCAAUUGAUCAACUAAAUCAAUAUAAAUCCACAUUAAUACAUUUAAAUGUUUUAUCAACUAUAAUUAGCGAUUUAGAUUAUAAUAGUAAUAAUAAUAUUAAUAAUAAUAAUAAUAAUAAUAAUAAUAGUAGUAGUAAUAAUAGUGUUGAAUUUAUAAUUUCCAAACUUAUAAAAAUGAUUACAUAUUUUUCAGUAGAUAAAAAUACAAUUAAUAAUCAUUUAUUUUAUUCAAUAAUGUAUUAUAAUCAUAAAAAAGAUGAUGAUGGCGAUAGUAAUAAUAAUAGUAGUGGUGAUAAUUUAAAAAUAAUAAAGAAAAGAAAGUUUUUUAAAUUAAUAACAGGAAUAGAAGAGAGAACUGUACUUUUUAAAUAUUGUAAAGGUAAAAGAGAAUUACAAAUUCAAUUUUUAAAUUAUUUUUUAGAAAAUCUUGGAAAAACUGUACUUUUAAGUACAUUCAAAUUAUUUAUUGAAUUAGAUGUUCAUUUAGAACUUAUGGAUAUAAUUACAAGAGAAUUAAAAUUAAAACUAUUCAACAAUAUACCAACUCAACCACUCCCUCCUCAUAAUCUUUCUCAAUAUUCCUCAAUAACCUAUCAACAACCACAACAACAACAACAUAUUAAAACACCAUUAGUAUUUGAAACACCAAAUUCAAUUAGAAUGUUUGAUUAUCUUUAUAAUAAUGAUAAUUUAUCAAUGUACAGAUUUGAAAUUAGUGAAAUUUUAUUUAAAAAUAAUUUAGCAAUAAACACUACUUCACCAUAUGAUUUCAAAAUAAAUGAAAAUGAAGAUGAAAACAAAAAAGAAAAUGAAAAUAGAAAUGAAAAAUUAAUAACUAUUUUAAAUCAUUUUAAAAUAAACUAUACAUUAGAUUAUGAAUCUCAAUUGGAAAGAAUUAAAAAUGAAGUCAUAUCACCAACAUUAAAACAAUCAUCAAUUAAUUUCAUCUUUAAUAAUUUUAAUGAUUUUAAAGAAAUUAUAAUAUCAAUUUUUAAUAAUAAUAAUAAUAAUAAUAAUAAUAAUAAUAAUAAUAAUAAUAAUAAUAAUAAUAAUAAUAAUAAUAAUAAUAAUAAUAAUAAUAAUAAUAAUAAUAAUAAUAAUAAUAAUAAUAAUAAUAAUAAUAAUAAUAAUAAUAAUAAUAAUAAUAAUAAUAAUAAUAUCAAUAGUAUAGAAAUUUUAAAUAAUAUAAAUAAAUUAAAAUAUUUUUGUAAUGGUUUAAUAGAUUGUUCAACCAUUCAAUUAAUACCAUUAUAUAAUUAUUUAGAAAAUAAUAGUAAUAGAAUAGAAGUUGAAAAUGAUUAUGUUUUAGUUGAAAUUUGUAAACGUGGUGAUUUAAAUGGUUUAGAACAAAUUUUAAUAAGAAAGAAUAAGUUCAUAAUAAGGAGGGUAUUAAGUUGUUCAAUAUUUUUUGGCCAAUUGAAGAUGUUUGAAUAUAUAAAUAACUCUAAACAUAGUUGGAUAUUCUCUCCUUUAUCAAAUACUACAUUCCCACUUUCAUUGUAUGAUUUUGACCAAUUCACUAAAUAUGCAAUCAAAUAUUGUCAACAUAGUUUUAUUGAUUAUUUUAGAGAUGGAGUAUAUAGUUAUGAUGAAAUUAAUAGCGUAGAAUGGAUGAUUAAGAAUAACUAUUACUCACUUUUAAGAGAUAAAGUAAAGAAUGGUGAUCCAAAUUUAUCGUUUGUUUUAAAAACAUGUUCAUUACCAAAAAACAAAGAUUUAUUAUUCUUCUCAAAGAGAUUUAAUUUAGAUAUUGAAAAUGAUAUUGAUUUUUCAAAUAAUCAUUUAUACACCUGUAAUUUUAUAAAUACAAAUUGUCAAAAUAAAACUUUUAAUUUAGAAAAACCAUUUAAAUACUCACUUUUUAAUAUUAGUUAUAAUAAUAAUAACAAUAAAAAUAAUAAAGAAUUUUUAAACGAUAAACAAUUUUAUAAAGCAUUAUUUAAAAACUAUUAUAAUUAUUUUUUAUUUCCAGAACAAUUACAACUGCAACAACUGCAACAACUGCAACAACAACAGCCAAUACCAAUUAAUGGUAUUAUAUAUAAAUUAAUAGUUUAUUAUGAUAAUGAUAUUGCAUUAGAUAUAAUAAUAAAUGAAUAUAAAUUAUUAAAAUUAUCAACAUCCAAUGAUUACCAAUCAUUAAUAAUAUUAGCAAUUAAUAAUCAUUCAUUUAAAGUUACAAAUUAUCUUUAUAAAUCAAUCAUUGAAAAUCAAAUAAAAAUAAAUUUUAAUCAUUCAAUAAUUUGGAAAUUAAUUUUUCCAAUUUAUAAAAUUAAUGGAAUUGAUUUAUUAUUUUAUAAACUAGAAAAUCUAUUUUUUAGUAAUAAUAAUCAAGAUAAUAAUUUAAUAAUUCAUAAAUCAACUAAAGUUGAUCCAAUAAUUAAAUAUUUAAUAUUAAAUAAUAAUAACAAUAAUUUAGAAUUUAAAUUAUCAAUUAAAUCAGUACCAAAAGAACUUGAAUUAUUAAAUUAUAGAAUCGAUUAUUUAGUAUAUCAAGUAACAGUAGAGACAUUAUUAAAUUCAUGUUUUACUAUUUCAAUUCUAAAUAUAUCAUCAGAGAUUUGGAAAUUAAAUAAAUUAAAUUUAUGUACAACUAGUUUUGGUUCAAGUGAUUCAAUUACAGAUAAAUUAUUACAAGAAGAUUAUCAAAUAUUAUCAAUUGAUCAACUAAAUCAAUAUAAAUCCAAGUUAAUAAAUUUAAAUAUUUUACCAACUAUAAUUAGCGAUUUAGAUUAUAAUAAUAAUAAUAAUAAUAAUAAUAAUAAUAAUAAUAAUAAUAAUAAUAAUAAUAAUAAUAAUAGUGUUGAAUUUAUAAUUUCCAAACUUAUAAAAAUGAUUACAUAUUUUUCAGUAGAUAAAAAUACAAUUAAUAAUCAUUUAUUUUAUUCAAUAAUGUAUUAUGAUCAUAAUAAAGAUGAUGAUGAAUAUUAUAGUGGUAAGAAUAAUAAUAGCAGUGGUGAUAAUUUAAAAAUAAUAAAGAAAAGAAACUUCUUUAAAUUAAUAACAGGAAUAGAAGAGAGAACUAUACUUUUUAAAUAUUGUAAAGGUAAAAGAGAAUUACAAAUUCAAUUUUUAAAUUAUUUUUUAGAAAAUCUUGGAAAAACUGUACUUUUAAGUACAUUCAAAUUAUUUAUUGAAUUAGAUGUUCAUUUAGAACUUAUGGACAUAAUUACAAGAGAAUUAAAAUUAAAACUAUUCAACAACAUACCAACCCAACCACUCCCUCCUCAUACUCUUACUCAAUAUUCUUCAAAACCAGUACAACAGCCACAACAACCACUUCAACCAAUAUUAGUAUUUGAAACACCAAAUUCAAUUAGAAUGUUUGAUUAUCUUUAUAAUAAUGAUAAUUUACCGAUGUACAGAUUUGAAAUUAGUGAAAUUUUAUUUAAAAAUAAUUUAGUAUCCAAAACAACAUCUUCAUCAUCAUCAAAUGAUUUCAAAAGAAAUGAAAAUGAAAAUCAUUUAAAUAAUAAAUUAAUAGCUAUUUUAAAUCAUUUUAAAAUAAACUAUACAUUAGAUUAUGAAUCUCAAUUGGAAAGAAUUAAAAAUGAAGUCAUAUCACCAACAUUAAAACAAUCAACAAUUAAUUUCAUCUUUAAUAAUUUUAAUGAUUUUAAAGAAAUUAUAAUAUCAAUUUUUAAUAAUAAUAUUAAUCAUACUAAUAAUAAUAGCAAUAUCAAUAGUGAAGAAAUUUUAAAUAAUAUAAACAAACUAAAAUAUUUUUGUAAUGGUUUAAUAGAUUGUUCAAUGGAUGGAUUAUUACCAUUAUAUAAUUAUUUAGAAACUAAUAAUAGAAUAGAGAUUGAAGAUGAUUAUGUUUUAGUUGAAAUUUGUAAACGUGGUGAUUUAAAUGGUUUAGAACAAAUUUUAAUAAGAAAUAAUAAGUUAGUAAUUAAAAGGGUAUUAAGUUGUUCAAUAGUGUUUGGUCAAUUGAAGAUGUUUGAAUAUAUAAAUAGCUCUAAGCAUAGUUGGAUAUUGUCUAAUUUAUCAAAUACUACAUCCCCAAUUUCAUUAUAUGAUUUUGACCAAUUCAUUGAAUAUGCAAUCAAAUAUUGUCAAUACCAUUUUAUUGAUUAUUUUAGAGACGUUUUAAAAUUAAAAUUAAAAUCACUUUAUAACAUUAAUAAAUCAUUUAUUUAA